AUGAGUGCAAGCAAAGUGCAAACAAACGUGGACCUAGAUAAGGAGAGGAUAAAAUGCAAUUUUAAUAUUCAAGAACUCACGUACAUUAUUGACGGUGGAAAACAUAAAACACUGCAACGUAGACAAAUCGAGAACAAUGUUUUUACAUCUGGUAAGCAUGAGGAUCAGGUCCCAGACGAAUGCCUCAGCUUAAAAGAGCGUUAUGAAAAUGCAGUAAGAAAAUCUCUCGACUACGGUGACUUAGUGAGGAACGAAUUGCUCGCUAUAACUGGAUUGGAAAACUUUGGUACUCCGAUCCUGCGCCGGACCGCCGAUGCAUUCUUUAAGGAAAUAUCACCGCUUUUGCUACACUUGGGUAUGUUUGUUCCAACUAUCAUGGGUCAAUGUACGGCGGAACAACAAGCGAAAUGGUUGCCUUUAGCGUUGAACCUUGAAAUUUACGGAACUUAUGCUCAGACGGAGUUAGGCCAUGGCACCUUCAUUAGAGGGUUAGAGACUACCGCCACGUAUGAUUCUUCUACUGAGGAGUUUGUUUUGCAUACACCAACGUUAACAGCAUACAAAUGGUGGGGAGGAGGGUUGGGCAAAACUGCAAAUCAUUGUAUCGUGGUAGCCCAGCUGUACACUAAAGGAAAAUGCUAUGGGGUGCAUACCUUUAUUGUUCAAAUACGUGAUGCUGAAACGCACGAACCCCUCCCGGGCAUCAAAGUAGGCGAAAUAGGUCCAAAAAUGGGCUUUAACACGGCUGACAAUGGGUAUCUGGGGUUUGAUCAUUACCGGAUCCCUAGAGAGAAUAUGUGCAUGAAAAAUGCUCAAGUAUUGAAGGACGGUACGUACAUGAAGCUAGGCAAUGCCAAGCUAACUUAUGGCACUAUGGUGUUUGUGCGCGUGACUCUCGUAUCGGAUUCAGCAUUCAACCUUGCAAAGGCAGCAACUAUAGCUGUGCGUUAUUCUGCUGUUAGACGACAAUCAGAAGCGAAGCCAGGUGCACCUGAGCCCCAAGUACUAGACUAUCCCACGCAACAACACAAAUUGUUUAUUUGUAUCUCAUCUGCCCUGGCCAUGCAAUUCACUGCGAACUGGCUCUGGAAAACAUUUACCAAGUAUCUCAGUGAAAUGAAGAAGGGAAACGUAGAUAAUUUACCUGAGUUGCACGCUCUAUCUAGUUGCCUGAAAGCUGUGAGUACUUCAGAUGCUGCUGCGUAUAUUGAACAAUGCAGAUUGGCGUGUGGAGGGCACGGGUACAUGACGUCAUCCAGGCUUCCGCAUAUAUACUCCUUUGUAGUCGCUACUAGGACCUAUGAAGGAGACUAUACGGUUCUGUUAUUACAGACAGCGAGGUUUCUCAUAAAAGCUUGGGAACAGGCUGAGUCCGGUGUAAAUUUAACGCCUACGGUUUCUUACUUAAGCCGCGCUUGUAAAGUGAAAAAUACAUGGGAAAACAGUUCUGAAGGUAUCAUAAGGUCUUUCGAAGCGGUGGCUGCCGGCAAAAUUGCGCAUUGUGUGAAAAAUAUAAGAGAAAAAAUGCAAAACGGUUUAGACUUAGAUGAAGCGUGGCUACUAACGACAAAUCUGCUCGUUUCUGCAGCUGAGGCACACUGUAGAGCAGUUCUGCUAAGAGUGUAUCAUGAAGAAGCCAAGCGACUGACAGAAGAGUCGAGUUUAAAUGUGAAGGAAGUGGUGGAUCAGCUUGUGCAACUCUAUUUAACAUAUUGGAGUCUAGAAAGAACUGGUGAUUUGCUGCGAUACACAUCAAUUUCGGAAAACAAUAUACAUCAAUUGGAAAAAAAAUACGAAGAACUCCUGGCUGCCAUCAGACCCAAUGCAGUUGGCUUAGUGGACGCGUUUGAUAUCUGCGAUGAGAUAUUACAGUCAACACUUGGUGCUUAUGAUGGGAGGGUCUAUGAGCGUCUUAUGGAGGAGGCUCUCAAAACACCACUUAAUUCUGAGUCCGUGAACCCUGCAUUUCAUAAAUAUUUGAAGCCGUAUCGUCAAGCCAAACUGUGA